ACAGACAGAGUGAAUGCUUUUUUAGUUUUUUUUUAUGGAAAGACGGGGGGGCCACGAAGGAGAGAGGAGAAAUAGAGAGAGAGAGAGAGAGAGUGGACACGGGGAAAGACGUUUCUUAAAUCCCCCCUCUCGGAACCCCAGCGACUCUAACAACUCGAGAUGCGAGCGGUGAUAUUGGUCGAUGACAUGAUGAAGAGCAUGCCUUAACGUCUCGAGUGACAUCUCCGCGGACCCGGUACCGACAGGCUACCACGCGGCACCGGAUGAUGUCCGGCCAUGACCUCGGUCACGCCCCCCUCCUCCGAGGACUCCUCCCCCCAGAAGCUCUGCCACUCCACGACGCAGACCGACGUCACCAAGCCCCUUCUGGGCCCCUCGGGGCCGGGAGCCGAGACCAACAGCACGGGGGCCAACAGUGCAGGGGCCCUCCGCAGGCGGCGGCGCGUGCUCUCCAAGGACGGCCGCAGCAAUGUCCUGAUUGAGCACGUGAGCGGCCGCAGCGCCCUGUACUUGCGCGACCUCUGGACCACCUUCCUGGACAUGCAGUGGCGCUACAAGCUCUUCCUGUUCUCCGCCACCUUCGCCGGCACCUGGUUCCUGUUCGGCCUGCUCUGGUACCUGGUGGCCCUGGUGCACGGCGACCUGCUGGAGUUCGACCCCCUGCCGUCCAACCACACGCCCUGCGUGAUGGAGAUGAGGACUCUGACAGGAGCCUUCCUCUUCUCCCUGGAGUCCCAGACCACCAUCGGCUACGGCUUCCGCUGCAUCACAGAGGAGUGUCCCCACGCCAUCAUCCUCCUCAUCGUCCAGCUGGUCAUCACCAUGGUGAUGGAGAUCUUCAUCACCGGCACCUUCCUCGCAAAGGUGGCCAGGCCGAAGAAGAGGGGUGAGACGGUGAAGUUCAGUCAGUACGCGCUGGUGUCCAACUACCAGGGCCGGCCCUGCCUCAUGAUCAGAGUGGCCAACAUGCGCAAGAGCUUGCUGCUGGGCUGCCAGGUGACGGGGAAGCUGCUCCAGACGUCGCUGACCAAGGAGGGCGAGACGGUGCGUCUGGACCAGCAGAACGUCCCCUUCCAGGUGGACACGUCCAGCGACAGCCCCUUCCUCAUCAUCCCUCUCACCUUCUACCACGUCAUCGACCACACCAGCCCCCUGCGCCCCUGGGCCAGCAAAGGGGUGAGCUGGUCAGGGCCGGAGCUGGCCGACUUUGAGCUGCUGGUUAUCCUGAGCGCCACGGUGGAGCCCACCUCCGCCACCUGCCAGGUGCGCACCUCCUACCUGCCCGAGGAGAUCAUGUGGGGCUACGAGUUCCCGCCGGUUGUCUCCCUGUCGCCCUCCGGGAAAUACGUGGCCGACUUCGCCAUAUUCGACAAGGUGGCCAAGGCUUCGUCGCCGCCCCUUUUCCAGCGGGACACCCGUUGCCCCAGCGACAAGGGGGGAGGGGAGGAGCCCCCCGAGAAGGUGCGCCUGGAGGAGGACUACAAGGGGGAGGAGAAGGGGAGGGGGAAGGAAAAGGGGGAGAGGGGGCGGGGGGGGAGGAACAGCAGCCCCCACAGUGUGCGCAUCAGCAAUGUGUAGAGAGAGAGAGAGAGAGAGAGAGAGAGAGAGAGAGAGAGAGAGAGAGAGAGCAAACGAGACCGAGAGAGAGAGAGAGAGAGAGAGCGAGAGAGCGAAAGUAAACAAGAGCAAGCAAGAGGGAGCGAGAGAGCGAGCAUGCAAGAGAAAGAGAGAGAGCGAGCGAGCUAAAGAAAGAGAGAGAGCGAGCGUGCUAGAGAGAGCGAGAGAGGAAACUAAAAAGGGAGUUAUACUUUAACUAAAGUAUCACACAAACACACAAGCAUACAAACACACACACCUAUGUACUGAGUCUUCGGUACAAGCUAUACCGGCCUUUCACACGUAGUCCUAUUACAUUACAUUGUCCUAACGUAACAAUUAACAUCUGUCUUAUUGUAAGGAGCUUGGUUAUAGUCACUGCAUCCAGGUUUUACUUGGAUCUAAAAAUACCCGAUCACAUCACUGUUCUGUUUAUAUAUAUACACAUAUAUACAAUACAUAUAUCAAUAAUUAGAUAUACAUAAAUAGAUAUAUAUAUUUUUGAGUUUAGUCAAUAUAUUGUUGGACCAAACCUGUAAAUGGUUGAGACACUGGAGAUAUUUCUUGGUACUUUAAGGAAGACUAGGCUCACUAAAGAGCUUCAACGAAUGUAGCUCAGCGGACAUGCUCAUAGUCUGUUUCUAACUACGGCCAAAUAUAUGAAGCCUCUCUCACGUUUUUUAUGUACUGAAACAGGUGCAGUAACACGAUAAUACUACUAAAAGUACCGCUACUUGAGAAAUGUGACUACUCCCCAGGACGGUAACGACACUAAAUACUAAUACUUUUUUGCACUGUGUCUGAUUAUGUGUGUAUAAUGGUGUGUUCCCGAAAUCCUCGGAUGCCAGCCCUCGAGUUGCGCUUUUGACCUCACUUCCGUGAGGUUGUUUAUUGUUGGCUACAUUAGCCUCUUCAGCAAACCAGCGCGAAAACAAACAACAUAACUUUACAUUGUAUUACACGCACAGCAAAACCAUGCAAUGUAUAAAUUGGUGACCGGAAUAAAGUAGCAAUGUAAUCAAGUGUGUAAGAGCAUUUAAUAUCGACAUUAAAAUGACCAACGUGGUACAUGGGGUGUGCCUUCGAGAAAUGCCGCAAGAAAGCUGGGACUUCGACUUUCGACUCGGAGGUCUGGCGUCCGAGGAUUGAGGAACACAUCAUAAAAAAUUGCGUGGAUGUAUGUGUAUGCUAGCUGCGUUUGUUUGCGUGUCUGCGUUUGUGAGUGUGUUGUUUGUGUGUCUGUCUGAUUGUGUUUCUGUCUGAGUGUGUGUGUGAGUUUGAAAGUGUCUGUGGUUUCACAAUGUCCAUAUGAACAUUCUGUGAAAUGUUCUCCUUCAGCCUUCAUGUGUGUGUGUUUUAACAUAUGCAUGUCCUGUGUAUAUCAUGUAUAAACAUAUUGUUGUUUGCUCAUGUGCUUGGAAACAACGUUGCUCUUUCCCAGAGGGCAACAUUAACAGUUGUUCAAAGCACAACGGCAGCUGUUCCCUUUACUCUUUUUACUACUGUCAGACAGAGGUACCCACAGACUGUUGAACACGUGGUGAACCAACUGCUGCAUUUAUGAGUGACGUCACACGCAGUAUGGAAUCACAACAUGUGUAAAUCAAUUUUUAAGGUUUGAAUUUUUAAGUGAGCUCCACUUUUCAGUUUUGAUAUUCCCGACGGAGCCGAGUCUCUGUCUGAUGCGUGACGGGAGACAUGUUGUUCGAAGUUACAUAUGACUUGUCAUUAAUAGCAGAAGUCCACUUUUCUAAUUGCCAAGUGCCUUUUAAUAAACAUCCAUAAUUUACCAAUA